GUACCGUCAAAAUGUUAUGACGAUUGUUUACUUUCUUUCAAGCAGUGUUUUGGACGAAACAAUAUUCAAUUGUUUUUAGUUUUGCUUGAAUAAUACGAUUAAUACGGUUGAAACAACUCGACGCAACGAGAAUGAAAUACUCCACGUCUCCUACGCCUUCGCGUAGUAAUAGCUCAUUAACGGGAAUGUACAGAACCACAUCACCAUUGCCCCCACCGGCCAACUAUCGGACCGAUUGCAUGAGUGCCACCAGCAAAAGUUACAAAUAUCUUCGGCGAUUUAUAAAAUUCGAUCAAAUGGAUUUUGAAUACGCCCUCUGGCAAAUGCUCUAUUUAUUUAUCUCCCCCAAAAAGGUAUAUAGGGAUUUCAAUUACCGGAAACAAACCAAAUCACAAUUUGCCCGAGAUGAUCCAGCUUUUUUGGUGCUACUUGUAGGAUGUCUAUGCGUCACAUCGAUCGGUUUUGCUUGGGUACUCAGUUUAGGAUUUGGCCAGAGCAUUCUCUUUCUUCUAUAUGUAGUAUUCGUGGAUUGCAUUCUUUGUGGAAUGGUUGUGGCAACUUUGCUGUGGUUUAUAGCCAACAGAUACUUACGUUCAUCCGCUACAGAUAUUGAUGUGGAAUGGGGAUAUGCGUUCGAUGUGCAUCUGAAUGCAUUUUUCCCACCUUUAAUCCUUCUUCAUUUUAUUCAAUUAUUUUUCUACCACCACCUCAUCAGUCAGGACUGGAUAAUUUCAACACUUAUUGGAAAUACGAUUUGGCUUGCGGCAUUGAGUUAUUACAUAUACAUUACCUUCUUGGGUUACAAUGUGAUACCGAAUCUUCGAAAUACCCGAAUAAUUCUUGUCACCCUACCAUUAGUCUUUCUUUCAUAUGUAGUUACGCUCAUAAUACGUUGGAAUUUAAGUGUUUCUUUGAUGUAUUUUUAUCACUAUAGAGUUUUAUAAGCAAACUUGUAUGAGAUAAUAAACGCAUAUAUACUGUGAAAUUAUUAGAUCAAUUCAUCAUAGAGAAUAAAAUGCGAACACAGCUGUUAUUUUGUUUUAUAAUAAUCAAACGAGUUCAAUAAAAACCUAUCAGGUAAUUUACGGACACCUAUCAGAUAAGGUAGUUAACGGACAAGGACAUAU